ACGCAGCAGUGUUUGGAAAUAACGAUACUUCCGCAUGAUCUGAUUCCAGUGUCUGGCUGCGGCAACUCUCUGUUUUAACGGCUUGGGCUGGUGUUGAAACUGACUGUAUGCAUGCUGUACCUCUCUACCAAGGCAAGAUGACACCAUUUUCUAAGAACAAGGUUUCUGCUUCGCUCUGGAUAAAGAUUGUAAUCUGUUUCGUUUCUCUCUGUGAUGGUGGCAAAGUCUUGGUGGUACCUUUGGAGGGAAGUCACUGGGUGAACAUGGAAGUGCUCAUCAAGGCGCUACAUGGUCGAGGACACAACGUUGAUGUAAUACGCACCUACAACAGCUGGUUUGUAAAGGAGAACUCAACUUAUUACAGCUCUAUAACCAUACCUAACACCAAAGGAAUGGAUGAAGAAUUUGUAGGAGACAUGCUUAACAAAGUAAUCGACUAUGAAAGAGGAAAGAGCAACUGGCUGAGUGCUGUAUGGCUGCAUUUGGAUUCGAUUCAUGUCAUUUAUAAAGCCAAUGAAAUGAUAUGUCAACUUAUAACAAACAUAUUUGAAAGUGAGGAAAUUAUGAAGACACUGAAGGAAAAGCAAUACGAUCUGGUGCUCACUGAUCCUGUAUGGGGAGCAGGCAUUCUCUUGGCUCAUAAACUUAAGUUACCCAUGGUAUAUAAUGUGAGAUGGAGUGCUACUGGAGAGGGACACUCUAACAUUGCUCCCUCACCGCUGUCUUACAUCCCUAUCACAGGAUCUAGAAACACAGACAAAAUGAACUUUUUUCAAAGAGUAAAAAAUGUGUAUUUCUAUUUUCUGAUGCACAUUCUUUACACCCAUUUUAAUGUGCCACAGUACCAAGUUCUUUGUGACAAAUAUUUCCACCCACCUGUGCGUUUUCAUGAACUUCUCCAGGGGGCUGAUAUAUGGCUUAUGAGGGUUGAUUUUGUUUUUGAAUUUCCACGUCCAACAAUGCCAAAUAUUAUCUACAUUGGCGGUUUCCACUGCAAACCAGCAAAGACCCUUCCACAUGACCUGGAAGUCUUCAUGCAAAGUUCUGGAGAGCAUGGGGUCGUUAUCAUGUCUUUAGGGUCAUUUAUCAGUGUCUUACCAGAUGACAUAACAGCUGAGAUAGCGGCUGCUUUUGCUCAGCUUCCUCAAAAGGUGAUUUGGAGAUGCACUGGAAAAAGACCAUCUACUUUGGGCAACAACACAUUGCUAGUUGACUGGAUGCCACAGAAUGAUCUUCUAGGGCAUCCAAAGACUAAAGUUUUUAUUGCACAUGGUGGAACUAAUGGGCUUCAAGAAGCUUUGUACCAUGGCAUUCCAGUGAUUGGAAUUCCACUGUUUUUUGACCAGUACGACAAUCUUCUUCGACUGCAAGUCAGGGGAGGAGCCAAGAUAGUUUCUAUUGCAACUUUAAAUAAAUACACACUGCACGCGGCCAUACAAGAAGUAAUCAGUGAGCCAUCUUACAGACUGAGUGUGCAGAAACUCUCUCAUCUGCACAGAGACACACCAGUUAAACCACUGGACAGUGCUCUCUUCUGGAUUGAGUUUGUAAUGAGACACAAAGGUGCCGCUCACCUUCGUUCAGAAUCCUAUAAACUGCCUUGGUACUCCUAUUACUCUGUAGAUGUUGCAGUUACAUUGUUUGCAGUUGUUCUGAUAAUCACUCUCUCCAUAUUUUUAACAGUUAGAUAUCUGUGUGUCAAGUGCUGCAGCAGAAAAAGGAAAACCGAGUGACAUGUUUCCAUAUGAAGUGGUUUGACUGUUAAAUGUGCAACAAAAAGAUAAUAUUAAAAGUUCCCAUUCUCCACAUUCUA